AGCGGUGACCGGCCAUGGUGCAGAUCGUGACUGUAAAAACCAAACCGUUCGGAGAUCAAAAACCCGGGACCAGCGGGUUACGGAAAAGGGUGAAAGUCUUCCAAAGCAAUGCUCAUUAUACCGAAAACUUCAUCCAGAGCAUCCUGGCCACCGUGCCGCCGGGGGAGCGGCAGGAAGCCACACUGGGCGUGGGGGGGGGCGGCCGCUUCUACCUGAGCGCCAUCCAGCUCAUCGUCCGCAUCGCUGCUGCCAACGGGAUUGGACGCCUGGUCAUCGGGCAGAACGGCAUUCUCUCCACCCCAGCAGUGUCCUGCAUCAUUAGGAAAAUCAAAGCCAUCGGUGGCAUCAUUCUGACAGCCAGCCACAACCCCGGUGGGCCCAAUGGAGAUUUUGGCAUCAAAUUCAACAUCGCCAAUGGAGGUCCUGCUCCUGAGGGUAUCACGGAUAAAAUUUUCCAACUCAGCAAGAAAAUUGAAGAGUACGCCAUCUGCCCAGAUCUCCACGUGGACCUGAGCACCAUCGGGAAACAGCAGUUUGAUUUGGAGAACAAAUUCAAACCAUUUACAGUGGAAAUUGUGGACUCAGUAGAAGCUUAUGCAAAUAUGCUGAGGAACAUCUUUGACUUCAGUGCGUUGAAGGAACUGCUUUCAGGGAAAAACCACCUCAAGAUUCGCAUAGAUGCUAUGCACGGAGUUGUGGGCCCUUAUGUAAAAAAGAUCCUGUGUGAGGAGCUCGGAGCCCCAGCAAAUUCAGCUGUGAACUGCACCCCGCUGGAGGACUUCGGUGGCCACCAUCCCGACCCCAACUUAACCUACGCUGCUGACCUGGUCCAGACCAUGAAGACGGGAGAGUAUGACUUUGGAGCUGCCUUUGAUGGAGAUGGGGAUCGCAACAUGAUUCUUGGGAAACACGGUUUCUUUGUGAACCCCUCCGACUCUGUCGCUGUCAUCGCUGCCAACAUUUUCAGUAUUCCCUAUUUCCAGCAGACUGGAGUCCGCGGCUUUGCCCGGAGCAUGCCCACCAGCGGGGCUCUGGACAGGGUGGCCCACGCUACAAAGAUUGCUUUGUAUGAAACUCCAACUGGCUGGAAGUUCUUUGGAAACUUGAUGGAUGCGAACAAACUGUCUCUGUGUGGAGAGGAAAGUUUUGGUACUGGCUCCGACCACAUCCGCGAGAAGGACGGGCUGUGGGCUGUCCUGGCAUGGCUGUCCAUCCUCGCCACCCGCAAGCAGAGCGUGGAGGAUAUCAUGAAGGAUCACUGGCAGAAAUACGGCAGGAACUUCUUCACCAGGUACGACUAUGAAGAGGUGGAUGCAGAUGCAGCGAACAAAAUGAUGAAGGAUUUGGAGACUGUGAUGUUCGACCGCUCCUUUGUGGGGAAGCAGUUAUCAUGCGGUGACAAAGUCUACACGGUGGAGAAAGCUGAUAAUUUUGAGUACAAUGAUCCCGUGGAUGGAAGCGUCUCCAGAAACCAGGGCUUGCGGCUCAUCUUCUCUGAUGGCUCCCGCAUCAUCUUCAGGCUGAGCGGCACCGGCAGUGCUGGAGCAACUGUGCGGCUCUACAUCGACAGCUACGAGAAGGAUCCUCAGAAGAUAAGUGAAGACCCACAGGUGAUGUUGGCACCGCUCAUUUCCAUUGCACUGAAACUGUCACAGCUUCAUGAAAGAACUGGCCGCACUGGUCCCACUGUCAUAACAUAAAGGCUUGGUCGGACGCCGUGCUGGAGUGCACACCGAGAGAAGGAAGUCAUCCUGUCGCCCCUUUUAUUGUCAGAUCUGUCACUGAAAGAGUAAUAUUAAUUUUAUCUCUGUAUUUAAGAACACUAUUGAACUGCUAAGGAUAGACAACGAAACCCAGCCCCUGCCACCACGUUGCGUGCACGUUGCUGUGCUGCUUUUCUGCGUCACCCAGCGCUGCUGGCAUUGUGUGUGGUGCUCGUUAGCACACUGCCUUUUGGUUUAGCAUAUGUGAUUUUUUUUUUCUUUAAACAAAAGGCUCUAGAAAUAA